AUGCCCGCAAUAUCGACACGUCAGCGCGUACUUCGUGGGGCUUUCAAGUAUGCCCGAAAGCUACAAGGAUGGAGGAGGAAAUGCCGCAAGGAGUCGGAACUGUUAGAUGAAUCGGACUACACUGUGGAUAGUGAUGAGUUCGGAGUUUCUACAGAUGAUAGAUCCUCACUUUCCACACUCUCAUCGUUCUCCUCAUCUCUCUCGUCUCUCUCGUCUCUCUCGUCUCUCUCAUCUCUCUCAUCGAUGGAAGACAGAGACCCCGACACUAUGACGGAGUUUUCGGAAGAAGAAGAAGAAUGGGAAGAUCAGAAUUACAUGAUGCGCUAUCGAGCCUCUCGCGCUCGGAUUGCAGAGAUUCUCAGCACCCGGGUCCUGUUUCCCCAUCGCGUUCAUAAGCUCUCCCAGCUCUUUUUGGUUCUCGAGCUCUACAAGAAGGACGAUCCGAAGCGUUUUCGGCGCAAUAUCCGGGUCUCUCCAUCCACUUUCGAUGAACUCCUUGCACGAAUCUGUGAUCAUCCUGUCUUCAUGAGUCAAGGCUCGGCACAUCAGAUACCUAUUCAACAUCAGCUUGCGAUUGCUAUGUUCCGUUUUGGACACUUUGGAAACGGAGCUUCGGUAGAAUCUAUUGCUCAAUGGGCUGGGAUGUCUGCUGGUACAGUUGUAAAUGCCACACGACGUGUCAUGGUAGCAUUCUUGGCACUUCAUGAUGAUGUGAUCCACUGGCCAACAGCGAGGAUGAAGGAGGAAGCGAAGGAGUGGGUAGAGGCUGCAACAUGUGCUGCAUGGAGGAAUGGUUGGAUCUUUGUUGAUGGUACCCUGAUCCCUCUCGCGGAGAAGCCUGCUUAUCAUGGCGAGGCUUAUUUUGAUAGAAAGUCCAACUAUUCCCUCAAUGUUCAGCAUUUAACGAAUCUCGCACUUGUCUACAGCGGCAGCAUCUUCUUGGACCCGGUGAAUGGAUUUGGGCCGACUCAGCAUAUCCUAUCGAAGCUUGGUGUGUGA